CUUGAUUUUCUCCAAAUCCAGAGAAUGAAGACUUCAUUAGUACGCACUCUCCACCUGCUGUUAGGGGCUUCCCUUGCCCUGACCCAGACCUUUGACGGUUCCCACUCCUUGCGAUACUUCGACAUCGCAAUAUCAAGACCUGGCCUAGAGGAAGCCCUCUACAUGACUGUUGGCUAUGUGGACGACACAGAGUUCGUGCACUUCAAUGGUGGCGCAGUGAAUCCAAGGUUUGAGCCCCGGGUGCCCUGGAUGGACCAAGUGGGACAGGAGUACUGGGAUCACCAGACACGCAUUGGCAAAGGCGCAAAACAGCAGAUUCAAGAGUACUUUCAGAACCUCCAAAGCUACUACAACCAGAGUCAGAACAGUUCUCACACCAUCCAAAGGAUGACUGGCUGCUACAUUGGACCGAACGGCCACCUACUUCAUGCAUACCGUCAGUUUGGCUAUGAUGGGCAAGAUUACCUCACUCUGAAUGAAGAUCUGAGCACCUGGACGGCAACAGACAUGGCAGCUGAGAUCACCAAGAGAAACUGGGAGACAACUAAUGAGGCUGAGUUCUGGAGGGUCUACUUGCAGGGAACUUGUGUGGCCUCGCUCCUUAAAUACCUGGAGAUGGGAAAUAAGACUCUACUGCGCACAGAUCCCCCCAGGGCACAUGUGACUCAUCACCCCAGACCUGAAGGAGACAUCACCCUGAGGUGCUGGGCCUGGAGCUUCUACCCUGCUGAGAUCUUCCUGACCUGGCAGAGGGAUGGGGAGGAACAGACUCAAGAAAUGGAGUUUGUGGAGACCAGGCCUUCAGGGGAUGGAACCUUCCAGAAGUGGGCAUCUCUGGUGGUGCCUUCUGGGGAGGAGCACAGAUACACAUGCCAUGUGCACCAUGAAGGGCUGCCUGAGCCCCUCACCCUGAGAUGGAGCAGGACUCCCCAAUCUUUCUUCCACAUCGUUGUAGCUGCUGUUGGUUUGCUUUUCCUGGGAGCUUCAUUGGCUGCUGUGGUAAUGUGGAGGAAGAGCUCAGGUGGAAGAAGCCACAGAUAUGCUCAUGCCAGUAAUAACGAUGGGGGGGAAGUGCAGGGAGGAGCUGAGCCAGAUGAUAAUCCCUCCUUUAGCCCCAUCUCCUGUGGACUCUAACCAGGUCUUGUUUUAUUCUGUCUCAGUACAAGAUCACACCGUAUGUGGAUACAGAUCCAGAGAGGUUUUGUUUGGAUCUCUUAUUCUCCAUGUGGUGGUUUUAAGAACUCCUGACUUCUCCUUCUGUAAGUGGCAUCUGAUUGUGUCCAAGUACCAGUCUACUGUCAGUUCUGAGGGAGAAAGUAAGGACCUCAGCCCAGCCCUGAGCACCAAACCCCAUUCCAACAGAAUGUGUCACCCAUCCUGUUCCAGCAAAUGCAGGCGUGGAAAGUCUCCAACCCCUGCUGAGCUUUUGCUUUCCCUGAUUGCAGCUUCUUGCUUCCUUAUGGAAAACAGAUGUUGGCAGGCAUGGUGGUACUCCCCUGUAAUCUCAGCACUCAGAAAGCAGAUGCGGCCAGGUGUUUGUGUGUCUGAGAGCACCUUAGUCUAUAUAUAGCAAGUUCUGGGCCCACCGAGGCUACAUGGUGAGACCUUGUUAAAAAAUAAGAACCGUAGGUGUAGGAUUUCUUUUUAACUUGUAGAUGUAAGGUGUGUAUUGGAGGGAGUUCAAUAAAAGGGCAAUGUCAUUAAAAGUGUCACAAAACUUGACAAGAAAUAAAAUUUUGUGUUUGAUGUGCUGAGUAGGGCUAUGGAACGUGACUGGGCUUGGUCACGGCUCUGCCUUCUGUGGAUUUGGAUGUAGUCAUCCUCAACCAGGUCAUCUCACCUCCUCUGUCCCUGACCUUCAGUGUAAUGUUCUUCCACCAAGACCUGCAAUCUUAUGAAUUCAGAAAUACCUGGGCCUUGCAGAAACAGCUCAGUCUGCUCUGGCCUAAAUUUGGCCCUCAGCCUCCAUCAUUGUGUUCUCACUUUUUAUUUGUGUGCACGAUGCCUCUUUAAAUCUCUUUCUCCUCUGCAUGUCUUCAUCUCUGACAUUAAUGCAGUGUUUUGUCUAUCAUUGUCCCCAAAAGACCCUGGGAAUCUCCUAAAAGCAGGUGGAAGUGCGUUUUCAGGAUUUGUAACUCUUUCCUUCCUAUGGCAUUGUUUCAUGGAUUGAAU